UGUGUGCGCGCGCGCGCGCGCGCGCCGUACGAGUUGCAGGAGAGAACCAGCGCUUCAGACUCUGGGCAAACAGGACAGAGAAUUGCAGCAGGGCAAGGAACGAACACCUCCCCGAAGCGCAUAGAAAACUGACACUUGUUCGCCACGUUUGGAAAGGCUGCUCGGUACCAUGAAGAAAAACAGUCCGGCUAAGGUACCUGCCCCAGCUGAAGUCAACAUGUCAGACUACGAGGUGUCUGUGCAACAGCUCAACGAUCUCCUCUCAGACGGAAAUGGGUUUUACUUUCUGCCAACCCAACAUUUCAACGAGGUCUACCCCAGAAUUUACGUGGGCAACGCGUUUGUGGCGCAGAAUGUGAUGCGACUGCAGAAGCUGGGUGUGACGCACAUCCUGAACGCCGCGGAGGGGAACUCCUUCAUGCACGUCAACACCAGCGCCGAAUUCUACUCAGGAUCCGGGAUCACGUACCACGGCAUGAAGGCUAGCGACACCGACCACUUCGACCUCAGCGUGUUUUUCGAGGAGGGAGCUGACUUCAUGGAGAAGGCCCUGGCGCACAAAGACGGAAAGGGGAAGGUGUUUGUGCACUGCCGCGAGGGCUACAGCCGGUCCCCCACCCUCGUCAUCGCCUUCCUCAUGCUGCGGCGCAAGAUGGACGUGUGCUCCGCGCUCGCCCUGGUGCGGCAGAAGAGGGAGAUCGGCCCCAACGACGGCUUCCUGCGGCAGCUCUGCCAGCUCAACGAGCGCAUCGCCAAAGAGGGCAAGACCAGGCCUCAGUGAGAGUCUACAACAGGGUACACACACACACACACACACACACACACACACACACACACACACACACAGACACACACACACACACACACACACACACACACACACACACACACACACACACACACUUUCCUAUACCUGUGAGGUCCGUGACGUGGCAAGAGCAGGCCUCAGUGAGAGUACAGCAGGGUACAGAUGCAUGCAUAUACACAGCCACACACACAUACAGUGCAUCCGGAAAGUAUUCACAGCGCUUCACUUUUCCCACAUUUUGUUAUGUUACAGCCUUAUUCCAAAAUGGAAUAAAUUCAUUAUUUUCCUCAAAAUUCUACACACAACACCCCAUAAUGACAAUUAAGCUCUGCUUAAGAGCAAGUGAGUCUACAGCAGGGUACAGAUACACACAUACGCACAAACACACACACACACACACACUCACACAUAUGCACAAACACACACACACACACACACACACACACACACACACACACACACACACACACACACACACACACACACGCACUGCCUGCCCCGUGUGCGGACAUUGCAGGGUUUAUAUCUGAGCUGUACCUGAGUGGACAGAGGGUGGAGAGGAAGGGGAGGAGCCUGUUGCCCUGGGCGAUGCUAUAAUUCAUCCUCUCCCACUCUCUCUCCACUGCACUGCCAUAUGCCACUGGCCCUGGCUUCCCAACCUUACCUCUUGGGUUUCAGAAUCUUUCGAAAUGUAAAAUAUCAUUUUUGCAGGGGUGUCCAUGGAGUUUUCUACUGCAGGGGAGAGGGUGUAUUGAGUUUCAGAUUCCCAAACCACACCAAUCAUAUUAUACUUAUGGUUCAGGUGGGUGUGGUUCCAGGAGCGUACUGCUUUCAGUAUAUGUGUACAUAGAAAUCUAUCUUUAUGUAAUUUUGAGGUACAGAGCUGUAUUCCGCACAGGAAUUUGCCUUCUCACAAACAAAACUCAACCUACCUAUCACACUCAAACGCACAGAGCUAUUUUCUGACUCCUGAACUGCCAUACAAAUGAAAAAUAGUUUUCUGAGGUAUCAUGAGAUUAAAGUCCAUACUUUCCAUCCACUGAAAUUAUGAUUACAUCACACAGUUAAGUCAGGGCCCCUCCUGUUAAUGACUUAAAGGAUCCCACGUCUCUCUCUAUGCCUGCCUUUCACGCUGAAAUGGCCUGUGCUUAGUUGGAUACUAUGGGCAUUCCCGAUCGCACACGUUCACACCAGCUACAUCUCCUCUGUCAGGACACGGUCUUUAAAACUUGUGUUUAUGUGAACAUCCUCCUGUUAUUCUCGCACAGUUGGGUCUUAUUCACGCACUCACACACGCACACACACACGCACCUGCAAUUCAAACCUUUAUUAUUUAAGUUUUUUGUUGAAUGUGGAGUGAUGAUAAUAGAGGUUGAAUGUUCAUGUUCAAAAUGUUUUAUUUGUAUGUAAACAGUAUAUAAGUAUUUCAGUGCAGGAUAGGUGCAUUUGUACUCUUUAUUUUACAUUACAUUUACAUUAUUGGUAUUUGGCAGAUGUUCUUGUCCAGAGCGACGUACAACAAAGUGCAAAUCGGAAUCAGGGGCAAGUGCAAUUACAAGUGCUAAGUCUACUGACAAUGGAAUAUAUCAAAAACCGUUUUUAUGCAGCACAAAGCGAUAGAAUGAUUUACACAAUACACCGCUUACAUAGCCAAAACGAGAGCAGCCAGAACACCAUCCUAACAGGGAGGUGACCUGUGGUGGCUGAAUGAAGAGGUCUGGCAGGCAUGUAGGGUCUGAUGAUCUUUUGGAGGUAAGCUGGUGGGGUUGGGUGUG